AUGAACAACGGACGGGGAGAGGCAGAAGUCCUCGCGACUUUCAACGACGGCUACCAAUACUCCAAAACCAAGCUUGAAGAGAGCUUGCGUCAACUCAUGACGCUCAAACCCGCCAAGUCCUCCAAGGACACUGCUGCCCUGAAACGAGAGGAUGUGGAUCUCAUCGUGAAUGAACUGGGUAUUCCUAGAUCGCAUGCUGAGAAGGCGCUCUUGGAAAGCGGGGGCGAUCUCGAAAAGACCCUUCGUGCGCUCGUCAUGAGCUGA